AUGUUUCGUCCAAUAGACCCAGCCGUUGGGGCAGCCCAUGUCGAUGUCGAUAUCGAUGUCGGCACCAGCUCGCUGAAUCGAAGCAUGGCCAACUGGCAGCGCGAGCUUCAGACCGUCUGCGAUCAGUCCGACGCCUUGUUGAAGCCAGCCGCCGAGACACUGCGCCGUCUCGUCACAGACUUUUACGCCAGGAAAGCCGCCGUGCUUUCUCGAAUGGUUCUGUUCGAAGGCGAGCAAAGGGCUGCUCAGAUGCGAGCCCUUGGUCUGGACGACAUGGUUCCCACUGAUCUUCGCCAGAUCCUAGUGCUCGCUGGCAACGGACCUGCCUCGCGUACAAACCCCCAGACAGUCCCGAGCACUGCCGACAACAGAAAGAGUGACGAUGUCAUGGACUAUGAGAGCACCCAAGAGCGAGCCGAGACAGCCCCGGUCAAUCGCCAGGCCCAGGAGCCCAGUACGGCUUCUUUCACGCCUGCAGUUGUGCAGAGACCCGGUCGAAGCCUUUCCAACCACCUGCCUGUAUCCGGAAAGAAGCCGACCAGAAGGCAGCCAGAACUGGCCAGACGACAGUCUACCAUGUCGGCAUUUCUGGCGCCCAAGUCAUCCCCUUCUGCUGGACAGGUGGCCAUUCCGUCAGCUGCUUAUCGGCCAGACAUUUUGUCGCACGAACCCCAGGACAUCAAGCCGACUGUUGUUCAGUCUGCCGUCGAGCAGCAGGUCAUCCCACCGGCUGCCUUUCGACCGAUGCCUGCACCGCGACAAUCCCAGAGCAUCCAGCCGGCCGCUGUUCCUUCUGUCUUUCCCGCGGUCCCGUCUCUGGCCUCUGCUCCCAUGGCCAUGCCACACGGCCACCUGCAGCCAAAGAGACCUCCCAUCAGCUCCUGGGAGGUGCAGGGUGACGAGUUCAUCUUCCAGCACCAUCUUCUCGGACCGGGAUGGUUCGUGCUUCGUUGCGACCGUGGCUCUGACCUCAGGGCUGUGACCUUCCGUGCCCAUCCUUUCCAUAACAGGCGGGCCUGGAACCAUUUCAACACCGGCGGCUGCAAAUACCACGACCGUUGGCGAACCUACACCGACGAAGACCUGCUGGAACACUUUGCACGACGAGUGGUCGACAGCAAUGACGAAAAUUUCACCGACGACUGGGCGCAGCAGUCCAACGAGAUGAUCGAAGAGAAGAAGAAGAAGCACAAAACGUCGAGGCCCAGGCCUAGACGCACAAUCGAAGACUCCAUGGAACCCGACUCGUAG